CUUCUUCUCAGAAAUCCAAAGAGAAAUAGAGCCACUGGUUCUCUGUGUGCAUCUCUGUAUUUCUCUCUGUCUCUUUGUCAGUGUCUGUAUCCAUCUCUUAAUUUCUUGAUUAAUCUCUCUUUCAAUAGAGGUGUUAGAAUUGGCUCUCCCUUAUUCAUCUUCUUCUGAGUGAUGGGUAUGCCCUGCCGCUGUUCCCACACCUCCCACAUCACCGAGAUCAUUAUCACCAGCUUCUUUCGCCAUAAAUCUUAGAAACUGAAUUCGAAUCAAUUCAAGCUCAACCUUUAACCUGCUUUGAUGACUACUUAACUAGUUGGUCGGAGUUUUAAUUAGCUUCGUGACAUGGCGGGUGGGAGGGUCUUCACCACUUCUCAUGCUAAUAUUUCCAACAUGAAUAAUAAUUGUUUGCUUCAGAAUCAAACUGGUCGUGCCACUUCUGAACCUCUUGAUUCUCUUUUCCUUUCUACUUCUGCUCCUUUCCUCGGUUCAAGAUCCAUGGUGAGUUUUGAAGAUGUUCAAGGAGGGAAGCGGUGUAAUAAUAAUAGGUCUUUCUUCCAAGCGUUUGAAAUGGAUGAAAAUGGUGAUGAUGGGAUGGACGAAUUAUACUUUCAUCAAGCGGAGAAGAAGCGGCGUCUCUCAGCUGAACAAGUUCAGUUUCUUGAGAAAAGCUUCGAUGAGGAGAACAAGCUCGAACCCGAGAGGAAAACCAAGCUAGCCAAGGACCUUGGUUUGCAGCCACGACAAGUUGCUAUUUGGUUUCAGAACCGCCGAGCAAGGUGGAAGACAAAACAGCUUGAGAAGGAUUAUGAAGAACUGCAUGAUAACUAUGAGAGUCUUAAGACCAACUAUGACAACCUCCUCAAGGAGACAGACAAGUUAAAAGCUGAGGUAGCGAACCUCACUGAAAAGGUGAUUGCAAGAGAGAAACAAGGGGGGAACUUUAAACAGGGUGAAAGUGAAACAAACGAAUUGCAGGAAGCACCCCAAAAGCCUUUACUUGAUUCAGUUUCGGAGGGUGAAGGAUCCAAAGUCUCUGUUGGGGGUUGUAAACAGGAAGAUAUUAGUUCAGCAAGGAGUGACAUUUUGGAUUCUGAUAGCCCUCAUUACACGGAUGGUGUUCACUCUGCAGUGUUAGAGCCAGGUGAUUCUUCUUAUGUAUUUGAACAUGAUCAAUCAGACCAAUCACAGGAUGAAGAAGACAACUUGAGCGAGACCCUUUUGCCUUCAUACAUCUUUGCAAAACUUGAAGAUGUGGAUUACUCCGACCAGCCAGAAAGUUCGUGUAAUUUUGGAUUUCCGGAGGAAGAUCAUCAUGCCCUUUGGGAAUGGUCUUUCUGACUUUUCUUCCCUAUAUAUAAGACAUGUGUGAAUGUGUGUGUGUCUCUUCCAUGUAUGUUUAGUAUUUGCCAUUUUUGUUAAGACUUUAAAAAUGGGUGAUUGCUUGUGUGCGUAAUCACUAAUAUGUCUGAGCAAUGGCACCCUCUACCCGAAAUGGCUAUGGCUUUAUUAGGAUUGAAAUUGGCGGUUUUCGCCCCCACUUUGUUUCAUUGUAAUGAAACUUUUGGUUCACAUGUAAUUAAAUAAUGUACUCUAGUUGAGAAUGUAAUUCUGGAUUUAAUUUCACAAUGAACUUCAAAUAGGAAACUAGAUGAAACGGGGGGAAAAAAGAAAAGAAAAGAGAGAUCAUGGAUUGCAUGGCAUGCGAGGUCAAUUACUGAACCUGGUAGAGUGGCAAAGGU